AAAGCAAGGCAGGGUUUGUCACGUGUCCCAACAGACUCCGGUAGUUUCCUAGCAUUUACAGGAGUCUUAAAUCUCACUUCAACAUCCAAAAGUGAAGUCCAAAAGUGAACACAGAUGUGAAAGUUAAAGAGCCCCUUUUUUGAUACAAAACCGGUUGCACUGCAUGACUACUCACAUUUGUUUUCCACUAUAGAUGAGUCUCUGCUGCUGAGGGGGGAUUCCUUCCUUCUCCUCUACCCUCUCUUUAAUCCGCUCCACCUGAACACAGACCGGUGGCAGUUUGAUUUCUCUGAGACCGAAUGAUGACGACAAUCGCUUACCUUGUCUGUGGGCUCAAUGUCAAUCUCUAUUUCUUUUCCGGUCAGAGUCUGAAAGAUGAGAGAGUCAGUCAUCAGCAACGAAUGCAACUUGCUACACAAUAGCAUAAAACAUUAACCUCGAUAAAUCAAGCCAAAAAGGUCCAUUCAAUUGAUACUGUCAUUGUGAAUCAUGUGGUUAGACAUUAAGUUUUUAAAUGGAAUUCUAAAGUAAGGCUAGAACACAAUGCGUUUGACUAUAACAAGGGAUUCAAUUCAUCAAUUCACAUUAAGUUAUCCAAACCCAAGUGCUAAACCAAACACCAACCAACCAGAGAUAUAGCAAGCGACUGACAGCUUGAAACAACUCUUCAACCAGUAUUUUUAGUUUAACUAACACGGAAAUUUACUCCCGAAAACAGACUGAUCAAUCAUGGUUAUACGUUUUUUCAUUUCACAAAAGACCGGACGGUCAAUACAAAGUCAUUUGAAAGCUUUACUUUAACGGGUUGUCUUUUCGAUACGCAAUGUAUUUAUAUAUGUUUUAUAUUUUUAGAACUAGGGAGCAGUAUGAGUCACUGUGUCCGGCCCUCAACUGAGACCCAGCGUUAAAUUAUUCUCUUCGAACUGCAACAAUAUCACAAAACCGCAUAUAGCGAAGACUUACCUUCACUUUGAUAAGCAUCUUGAACAAAUAUUAUUAUUCUGUAUGGACAAACGAAAGGAAACAAAAGCUUCAGAGAUCUGGCGGCUUCAAUCCACAACUAGCCGACUCGAGUUCAGUUCCGGUGUAGCAGCGUCAUUGGUCCGGCCGACCAGAGUGGACGAGGACGUUAGUUCCAUCCACUCGACGAACUUCAAAAAUAUAUGCAUUUCUUCGUAACUCAUACAAACUAUUCGUGUGAGCCGUUUGUUCAUAAAUAAUAUGCGGUGUUUUCUUUAAAGAGGAAAAAACGUGAAAAUGGUUAAUGGCUAAAAAAAUCCGAAUGACAGAUUUUGGACAACUAUAAUAAAGUAUUCCACAUUAGAUUGUUUAAAAUUUGCCUCACAUUAGCGUGUCAGUUUCUAAUAAACGCGCAUUUAAUCACAAAUACUGGUCGUGCUGAGCUCAACCAGUCUCCCCAUCAUACUAUUUAUUUUACUAUGUAGCGGGCACCACCAAACAACUUCCAUCAUCUCAUAUAAUAAUAAUAAUAUUAUAAUAAUAAUAUUAUAAUAACAAUUUUCAGCCAGACUUCAUGUUGGAGGCGACUGGGUUUUGUUUAUGAGGUACGCACAGGUGUUUCUAAUGAUCUGAUGAGAAGAAGUCUUCUUAUUGAGUGUGGCUCCAGGAGACUGUGGAUCCCACCAUGUUGCGUCAUCUAUACUUAAGUGUUCUGCUCCUGGCCGUGUGUGCUGCAGCCUCUGCUCAGCCAGAUAUCCAGGUUGUCUGUGGGGAGGACUCCGUGAGCAUCACAUGGAAAAUCCAUGCUGAGCUGGUGCCACUUGCAGAUCGCUUAUUUCUGGGGAACUGUAAAGUGUCUCAGCUGGAUGCUCUUCCCAAUGGAGAUGCGUUGGCCAAGUUCAACUACCGCACAAGUGACUGCAAAUUCAAAAAGCAGAUGAAAGGAAAGUUCAUCGUCUACAAAAACGAGCUGACCUACCGUCCGCGGCCCAAGCCUGAAGCCCCAGCCUUCACUUAUCCAUUUGAAUGCAUCCAAAAAAGAUCUCAUACCUGGGUCCCCCCAUUCCUGAACCCUGCAUCAGGUGUUUCUGCUUCUCGGGGGAACUUUGUGUUCCACAUGGCGCUGCUAAAUGAGGACCUCACGGGUAUUGCCAAGUCCAACGUCAUCCCGCUAGGCUCUUUCAUGCCCAUCUGGGCAGCUGUGGAUCAGAGGUCCCAUCAGCCCUUGCUGCUUCUCAUGGAGGAGUGUGUGGCUGCGACCACCCCUGAGCUGGUUCCUGGAAACUCUGUCUACCCCAUCAUCAACAACAAGGGGUGUCUGCUGGAGAGCGUGAGGGGGAACGCCAUGUUCCUGCCUCGGUACCACUCGUCUGCCAUCACCGUCCAACUUCAGUCCUUCAAGUUCCAUGUGGGAGAGGAGGUCUACAUCCACUGCAAGCUGAUCGUCUGGGAUCCUGAAGUUUUUGAUGAGACCAAGAAAGCCUGUCAUUAUUCAAAGGAAAGCGAGAGAUGGGAGCUGCUUGAUGAUCCACUUCAAAGCAGCAUCUGCAACUGCUGCGACUCGUCCUGUGGUCAGCGGCUUAAGAGAGCCGCGCCAGCUUUGAGACAUAAUUCAGUGUUGGGCCCUCUCAUCAUCGUGGACCCGUCUGACUCCAGUGGUGAGGACACGGCGGCGGCUGCUGCCUCCGAGCUGAUGAGGAUCACUGUGAUUGCCGGGGCAGAUCUUACUGUGGACUGCGGCCCAGAGGCUGCCAGUGUUGUGUGGACCGACAGGAGGCCUGAGGUUGAUGUGUCCCUCUUUCGUCUGGGGGGCUGCUUCCCCACCAGCGUGUCUGCUCAGCAGGUGGUGUUCAGUGUGGCGUUCACUGACUGUAACUUCAGGAGGAUGGUGACAGGUGAUCACCUGGUGUACAGUGGUGAUCUGAGCUACAGCUCUUCUCCAGGCUCCAUCAUCCAACCGUUCACCCACCGUGUUGAAUGCUCCUACGAGAGGCCUCAAGACUGGUACCCGAUGAUUUACGAGCCGGUGUUCCAGACGUACGCUUUUGGAGAUCUGGUCUUUCACAUGAGCCUGAUGAACCGUGACUUCAGCGGUCCAGCUGAGUCCAGCAGAUUCUCUCUGGGCUCCUUCAUCCCCAUCCUGGCGAGUGUGGAGCAGAGGAGCCAUCAACCCUUGCUGCUGCUUCUGGAGGAGUGUGUCGCCUCAGCUACUGCAGAACUGCAGCCUGAUGGACUCCUGUACCCAGUUAUCACCAACAAGGGGUGCCUCGUGGAUAGCAGGAUGUCGCUCUCCAAAUUUCUACCAAGAGAUGAUCCAUCAAAACUUUAUCUAUCCCUUCAAGCCUUUAGGUUUGCUGCUGGAGAACAGGUGUUUCUCCACUGUAAACUAGUCGCAGCUGAUCCUGAUGGUUUGGACGUCACAAAGAAAGCCUGCCACUAUGUUCAUGAACAGGGUUGGGAGCUCCUGGAUAAUGUGAACUUCAGUCAUCUGUGUGACUGCUGCGAGUCCACCUGCCAGUCUAGAUGGAGAAGAACCACAGAGACUGGUACUUGGACCUCUCGACCCGUUUUACUUCCUGGUCUCUCCAAUUUAAAGAACAGAAACCUUUUUCAUUCCGUUCAAGUGAUACUUUUAUCCUUUUCCUGACUUUAAAUUGUAUUUUUUUUUUAGCACAUUUAUCAGUGGCAACUACUGUUGCUGCUCAACUUCAGAAAUGUCUGAAGAAAUCUUGGCUUCAAUAUACCGCACAUGCUGCUAGUCAUAGUUUCCACAAUCUAACUUCAAUUGUGUCACCUACUGUCAAUUGACUUGAGCCUUUUGUUACAGGCAGGCGUGGAGUGGAACAGAAAAUGGUCCUUGGCCCGAUCACCAUCUCAGAAUUCUGAUGGCCAACGUAAGAUGUUUGUUUCUCAUCAUCCCGAUAUAGUGACACUUUGCUCUUUCUCUCAACAGAACUGGCUCGUCGACUGGACGCGCCCACCUAAAGUGUUUUUUAUUUCAGCUUUACAUGCGUUUCAGAUGUGAAGCCAUUAAA